GUUGUGUGUGCAAUAAAUGUCGUCUGGCUACGACGCUGUCUCUGCUUCGGAGGGACUGCAGCAGCACCACUACCAGCACGACGACGAGCUGGACGUGGGUGCGGUGAUUACGGCGACGACGUCGCGGGAAGACAAGCGGCGGUCGAUGGAGGCGCUCGAGCGCAAGAUUCGGCAGCGGCCAGACCGCGACUCGCUGGUGGACCAGGGCAUUCUGCGGAGCUACCCGACGACAGUGGCUCCUGCGCUGCAUGCCCAGCACGACGCGCUUGUGCGGGCGCAGGUCGAGCAGACGCUUGCUCGCAAGAUGAAGUCGCGCCCACGGAAGCAGGAGCUUGUCGAGCAUCACAUUCUGCCAGACUCGAGUGCCUCGCCCGCGCUCCAGGCCUCACAAGAGUCGCUGCGGCGAGCUCAGGUCACGGCAUUCCUCAACGACCGCAUCAUCAACCGCCCGGGCGCAAUGGACCUCCUCGAGGACAACAUUAUGACGGUCGACCCGCAACCAUUUGACUUUCUAGCGCUUCAGCAGCAACAGCAGCACCAACAACAGCAGCAGUCACUGCAGCAGCAACAAGCACUGCAGCAACAGCAAAUACUGUUGCAAUUCCGCCAGCAGCAGCAGCAACAGCAGCAACAGCAGCAACAGUUCCUUGAACAGAAUCUCGCUGCUGCCGCUCCUCCUCUUCAUCCUCCUGUUGGUGCUGCUGCUACGGUGGCUCCGUUUGCUGCACCGGCGGCAGUGGGGAGCUCCAUGUCCGCACCGUCCUCGGCUGCAUCCAGUCGACGAGGCUCAAACACUCCCAGCUCACCCAUCAAGCCUCCCAAGGAGCGCAAACUCAAAUUCAGGUACCACGAAUACCAACCACCCGUUGGCAAUCGCGUCGGCCCGCGCUUCUUGACGGCGCCCUCCGCCCCAGAAGAUACGGUGACUGUAAACUCUGGCAGUAGCACGCAGCCCGGCGCGCAGUACAACCACCUGCUGCAAAAACAACAAGAGUACCUGCUUGCGCUUCAGCAGCACGAAUCGCUCACGCGCAUGCCUCAGCCAUCCCAGCUGGGUCUACAGGCUCAGCAACCGCCAAUAUCACCGCGUUACCCAAGCUCGCAACAAGACCCCCUGUCGCUCCUCCAAACCGGCGCAUCGCCAUCGAUUGACGCUCUAGCACAGCAGCUACAGCAGCACCCUCAAUCGCAGCAACAGAGCCCGUCCAACAUGGACAUGUCCGUCGGCAGUGUCGGGUCGGGCAGCAGUGGCAGCACCCCUGCGCCUGGGUUUGACAGCAUCGAGGGCCGAGCCUUGCUCGAUUCUGCGCGGGUCGAUGAACUCAAGGUUGUCGAGCUCAAGAGCGAACUGCGAGCCCUCGGCCUGUCCUACUCUGGCAGCAAGGCCCAGCUGGCAGAGCGUCUCAAGCAGGCCUUGGGCAUUUUCCCGCACCAGCUGCAAAAUCAGCUCGCACAUCAUCGCUCCACCGAGUCUCUGACCAGCCUGACUGGCAGCUCGGAAAGCCUCAACGCCAUCCCCUCGAUGGCUCAGUUCAGUGUUGGCUCGUUGCCCAUGCCUCUCGGUGUCAUGGGUGGUGCGUUUGCGAGCAACCUGUCCUCGCCGCGCGGCCGCUCUGCGUCGGCGCUUGGCACCGCUGUCAGCACCACGCCGAUUUCCAGCAGCGCGCGGUCGCCCCUGAUGCUGCGUUCUAAAUCUGUCGAGUUUGGCGUUCCCGAGGAGGACCACAACCUCCAAGCGGAAAUCGACCAAACGCUGGCCUCUGUCGUUGCGGACCCGAGCCAAGCCUACAUCCCGCCGAUGACCACCGCCAAUGGGAGUGGCAGUCAUCACCACUUGAACGGUGUCUACAUGGGUAACGCUCAGACGAUGGCACAGGUGCAAACCAAGUUCCAACAGCAGAUGCACCUGCAGCAGCAGCUUCAGCAACAGCAGCUACAUCAACGCCACCAGGCGCCGUUUUCGCACCCCACUCAACAACAGCUGGACCACGGGUCUGAUUUUCUCAACGAUCACAUGGAUUCGUCGUUUGCCACCUCGGAUGAAUUCAUUCAAAGUCUCAUGCAAGAUGACCCAAUGCACUCGGGCUAUGUGGAUUCGUUCGCGCCAUCACCCGGGCUUGUGCUCAACGGUGGCGCGCGUUUGCUCGCGAACGAUUCAUCUGCACACAACACCUUUUUCAAUCCACAUGGUGGUUUGCACGAUCCCAACGUUGGCUCCUCCCUGCCUGAUGAACUUGCUGCCACCUUCCUCAUGGGUUCUGGCAACAUGAAUGAUAUUCCUGCAGACAUUAUGGACUUUGCUGCAUGAUCAGACCUUCUGUACUUUUUUUCUUUUCACUGUUUCUUUGUUUUCUUUGUUUUCUUUGUUUCUUUGCUUUCUUUGUUUCUUUGUUUUUCUUGGGUUUUCUCUUUCGUUCCGACAAUUAUUUUGUCUCAUUCGUUGCUUGUUGCAUCCAUCAUUUUACUCAUGAUACUCUCCUUGUUCUGAUUGACGGUUUUUGGCUUGAGUGUUAGUUUUUGGUCAGUCUAUUGGGCGUUUGUGGCCAUGCUGUGUUGUUGUUGUGUCUGAAAAUGCGUUUGUCAGAAGUACAUUAACCAGAAAAGAACCCAAAACUAGAACCAAAACCGACUCUGGGUCUUUGUCC